CACACUGACCAAUCAAACGCGGGCUUGUGGCGCGCGCAUGCGCAGAAUAUAAGACUAUUUGUUCCCAAACAGUAGCAGCAGCAGGGAGUAGAGAGCAGAGGGGCGAACUUUGACGUAUUCGGUUUUGAAUUUCUCCGAACAACAGACCACAGGCUGCUACACGUAGCUAAACGCUAACUGGCUCCAGGCAGUUAAGAGCAAACACGCUACCUGAGUAAACACUGCCUUCACAAUACAAAUCACAAGCUAGCUCGCAAGCCCCGUGAUAUAGCACCUGAUUUCUACUGCUGAGCACCAUCAACUGACAGAAAAAUCGAAGCUAUCUCCUUGUAAAGUAUUUGCAGAAGUGGAUUGUUUGCCUUCAGACGUUUUGCUUUCACUUCCUGUGAAGGGAUCUCAAAGAGGAGAGCACCCUUCAUCAUGGCUGCUGCUGCUGCUGAUGCUGUUCAGUCCACCAGAGGCAGUCUGAGAGAGGACCUGACAUGUGCCAUAUGCUGUGAUCUGUUCCGAGAGCCUGUCAUGUUGGCCUGCAUGCACCAUUUCUGCAAAUCUUGCAUAUCCAGGUACUGGAGAGGAACGCAGGGGCCUGUCACCUGCCCACAAUGCCGCAAGGAGUUCAGCUCCAAGCAGUUUCAAACUAACUACCUUGUGGCAGCCAUGGUGGAGAAGGUCCGUGCCACUACCUCGGAUGCUUACACCAAGAACCUAGAGAAACAACUGAAGGAGGCUUUGGAGAGCCACCGCCUGAGGAAGCAGGACUUCAUCAACAGCAUUCACAGAGACAAAGAAAAGAUGAAUAUUAUAAAGAGUGUCGCGGCAGAUCUCCAGGCGCGUGUCAAAAGUGAGUUCCAAGCUCUCCAUCAGAUCCUGCACGAUGAGGAAGCCUGUACGCUGGAGCAGCUGAGGAGGGAGCAGGAGGAGGAGCUGGUGAAAGUCCAGCACCACCUGGAGGUCACGGAGCAGGCAGCGAAGGAGCUGGAGGACAAUAUAAAAGCGCUGCAGGAGGCCAGCACUGCCACCCAGGACAUCGUACUGACUGAGCUCCCAGCACUGAGACCAUGUGCGCAGGUGGAUAUCGCCCCGGAGUUUGAUAUAAAUGCUUUCAGUAACAAAUACCUGGCUCCCUUACAAUACAUCACAUGGAGGAGGAUGUUCAAAUCUUUGAAACCAGGUCCCUCCCUGUUAACGUUUGACGUCGAUACAGCACACCCGAGCAUUCAAGUCUCGAGAGACAAAACCGUAGCAGUCGAAUCUAAUGUCAUGACCCACCACGUGAACCACAACAAGCGCUUCCUUCAGUGCGUCAACAUUCUGGCUGCCCAGGGCUUCCAGUCGGGUCGACACUACUGGGAGGUAGAAGUGGGCACCAGCCCUAAGUGGGACCUGGGAGUGGCCUUGGAGAAUGUCAACAGGCACGCUCGGAUCAAGCUGAGCCCGGAAAGCGGCUACUGGACCUUGCGGCUGCGCAACGGGAACGAGUACUCGGUGGGGAAGCAGCCGUGGGAGAGGCUGCGGGUCAGAUUUUCCCCGCAGAGGCUCGGGGUUUUCUUGGACUGCGACGAGAGGAGGGUCUCCUUCUACAACGCCGACGACAUGAGUCUGCUCUACUCGUUCGCCAACGGGCCGAGGGGCAAGGUGUUCCCCUUCUUUAGCCCGUGCAUUACAGACAGCCGCCACAAACCUCCGCCCAUAAAGCUCCUCCACUACCCUCCUGCCGCUCUGUCCGGCUGAUAUCGCUGCAAUCAAUCAAUGCUUUCUCACACAACACGGUUAUCAGCCAUUAUUUGAAUGAGCGUGACGUAAACAUUCUUUUCACAAAUUCUGACUUGAUUUUGCCAGAUGCUGUUUUCUAUCUUAAAAGCUUUAAAAUGUUCAGAAAAUUGUCUUACUUAUCAAAGUAAAAAAAAAAAUCCACUUUGUAGUAAUCAUCGUGCCAAGGCUUAUGCACCAAUUAGCUUAAAUGCAGUAUUAAAACGCUGUGCUCUAGCUUAGAUGCAUCAAAUUACAUUAAUGGCAUACUCAGUCUUCAACACAUAAUGUUUAAUAGAUGUAGAUAAAUGACUUUUGCUAUGAUAAUUGGAAUAAUUGCCAGGUUAGACUCUUUAGACUGACUUGUAAAAUCACCAAAUUCAGUCAGGGUGAGGUUAUUAUGCACUUUAUUACAAGAUUUUGUAUGUGAUUGUGUAGGAAAUAGAAAGGACUCAAUCUGUUUAUUCGUUUCUAUUCAUUAUGUAUGUGUCUAAUUUUGAAGCCAUGUAUCAUGAGUUUAAUUUUCUUAGUAAUUUCCUUUCGUCGUGUAUAAAGUGCUUACGCAAAUAAACCGAAUCACUUUUUCUUCCUCAAA